CCGGGAACCAACGACAGACCAGCAGCAUCCUUCCAUCGUUUGCUUCUACUUUUCUUUUCUUUGUAUUUUACUUUCUCACCUCGCAUAGGCAGGGGCAGUGAGCGCCCCAUGCCGCUGUCUUGAUGACGCGCCCGUCGCCCACGGCGCAUCUUCGCCGAAUUCUGCAAGUCUUGAUUCCCCUGUCAAUCCUCUCGACCCUGUAUCUCUACCUCUACCCCGUCUUCAGCAUCUGCGCAUUCCCGCUUCCGCCCGACCAGAAGAGUGCCGGCACCUCCGCCGACGCAGGGCGUGCGGCCUUCGUCGAGACGGCCAAGGUGCAUUGGCAUUCCCUUGCGGGCACCGCUGGGAUCCCGAACUCGACCGUCUUUGUCCCCUCUCGACCCAUCGCUCCUUUCCGCCUUCUCGCCCUCGGCGACCCGCAACUUGAAGGCGACACAUCGAUACCCACCGAUUACCUCGGCGUCUUCCCACAUCUCAAGAGCCUAGCUAGCCAUGUGACGUUUCAAUCGAGCCAUUCCUCGCUGCGACAGCGCGUCCGACAGAGCAUCCAUGACCUCGUCGACAUCUUCGUUGAGGAUACCUUUGAUGCGCUCGAGUCCCUGCGCAAGCGCAUCGACCUCUUUGGCAACGACUUCUACCUCGCUCACAUCUACCGCACCGUACAUUGGUGGACGCGCCCGACCCACGUCACUGUGCUCGGCGACUUGGUCGGAAGCCAGUGGCUGGACGACAACGAGUUCUACCGCCGUGCCGACCGAUACUGGAACCGCGUUUUCCGCGGCACCGAGCGUGUGCCGGACAAUCUGGCUGCCUACCCGGCCGAAGAAUAUGAUCUGGCCGGACAUUUAGGGGGCGGCCCGUUCAACGAGUCGACUGCUUGGACCCGUCGCAUCAUCAACGUGGCGGGGAACCACGACAUUGGCUAUGCCGGGGACAUCAACGAGGAGAGGGCCGAGAGAUUCGAGCGCGCCUUCGGCAAGCUCAACUACGAGCUGCGCUUCGAGCUGCCUCUGACCGACGCCUCGCUCGCCGAGACCGUCUUCGACGCCGAUCCCAAGUCGAACCGCCUGGUCCCAGAGCUCCGCGUCGUCGUGCUCAACGACAUGAACCUCGACACGCCCGCCCUCUCCACCAAGCUGCAGGACGACACCUACUCCUUCAUCAACAACGUCAUCAACACGGCCGCCGCCGUCGAGUUCCAGGGCCACUUCACCGUCAUCCUCACCCACGUCCCGCUGUACAAGCCCGAGGGCGUCUGCGUCGAUGACCCCUUCUUCUCAUUCCACGAGCACGACGGCAGCCUCCGCGAGCAGAACCAGCUGAGCGCCGCUGCCAGCAAGGGCUUCCUCGAGGGCAUCUUGGGCAUGUCGGGCAACGUCCACGCCGCGGGCCGCGGCCGCGGCAGGCGGGGCAUCAUCCUCAACGGACACGACCACGAAGGGUGCGACACGUGGCACUACGUCAACCAGUCGAUCACCGAACCAGAGGACAGGCAGUGGGAGGUGAAGCGGUGGCGCCAGGCCGCGUCCUCCGGCAUCGUCGGCCGUGACGAGCUGCCCGGCGUCAGAGAGGUGACGGUCCGGAGCAUGAUGGGCGACUUUGGGGGCAACGCGGGCCUGUUGAGUGUCUGGUUUGACGAGGCCAGCUGGGAAUGGAAGGCCGAGUACGCGACCUGCCCGCUCGGGAGGCAGCACUUUUGGUGGCUGGUGCACAUUUUGGAUUUGGCUGUCGUGGUGGGCGUCUUGCUGCUUGCCGUCUCGACGCUGCUGUCGGCUUUUGGAUUGGAUGUGGAUGGUACUUUGGAGAAGUGUGUGGCGCGGCUGUGUACGCCGCAGAGGAAGAUUCCUGACCCCGACACGCUUGUCAAAGGAGGCGAGGUGGUAAAAAGCGAUGGCCUGGGGUGACAACAGGAACGUGCGAGGCCUCUGUAUUGCUGUACUAAUAUGUACAUUACCUUGCAAUUAGACGGGCACCAUCGUUUCUGUUACAUUGUCUUUCCAUGUAUUAGGUCCAGGGGUAUGGAGAGUGAGGUUGUCAUUAAUAUCGGUCAGGAUCCAUGGAGGGCCCAACGGCCCCGGAUAUCCAUGAUCAAUGCUGAAAAACAAAAGCAAACGCAAGUACAGGAAGGGCCAACAUCCGUUGAAGGAUUGAAGCUAGAAGAGAGGAACAGAUGGAAGAGUUAAGUUAUGUUGAAAUCAACAUGAAAGAACCAAGGAAACCGCCUUGAAUCAAGAACCGC